ACCUGUUUAAACGUGUUUUGUAAACAGGAAAAUGAUGAGGCGCUACCGAAUGACAAUCCAGUUGGCCGAGUAGCAAGUCUGCUGUUUGUUGCCGGGGACUCAAGGGCCAAUGAACAGCCCGGUUUGAUAGCAUUUCAUACUCUCUUUGUACGUGAACACAACCGACUAUGUGAUGAAUACAAAAGCACAAAUCCUCAGGUAAAGCAACAACACGUGGUUUUUACGUUCAUACUCAUUAAGACUGUGUGACAUUUAGUUUCGUCAUAUUUUUGUUUGUUUGUUUGUUUUUGUUUUUGUUUUUUUCUUUCCUCUUUAAGAUGUGUACAGUAGGGUUAUAUGUAAGCUUGUACUUAAUGAUAUUCUUAUGUCCUUUUUUACAUUGUAAAGCGCUUAGAACAGCGAUGUAUAAGCGCUAUAUAAAUUCCAUUAUUAGUAUUAUUAUUAUUAUUAUUAUUAUUAUUAUUUAACUUAUAUAAUUUUAAAUAAGGGUAUUAUUAGUCCAAGCGCCCGAGACAAGGGAACUUGGUCGUAGACUGCAGUCAGGUGGGAAGGGCAGGUUUGCUUUUUCCCUUUUGAAGUAGAUAGAGUCGGGAGUUGACAAAACCUCGAGAAUCUAGUGCUACUUGUUAAGAACAAGGUGCCUCAACUACGUUUGAGGUUGUGGGGGAUAACCCCUGUUUGAAAAUCACCGGAAUUCUUUAUUCAUACUCAUUACACUUGUAAGAGUGAGACUUUUAAGUCUGUGUGACGUUUACUCCAAAAGCUUGACCAUUUAUGAGCAAUGCUUUUCUUGAGGUGUUGCUAAUCAUUCUGCACAUUUUGGUUUUAACCCUUUUGACGCUGGAGAUUUAAAGUAAAACGUUCAAUUUAUUCCUUACACUGUGGCUCUGACUUUUGCGUACUAAGACCCACGACGAAGUGUUAAAUGCUGUUAGAACAAAACUAUUUUCAGGUACACCACAAGCUGAAACUAUAAAUCAAAUUUUACAUGUAAAGAAUUACCCACCCUUCUCGUUACAAAUUUAAAAGAAAUCAAAAUAAAGGGCAUAAAAUCUUUAACUAUUUACUAGUUUAGAUCAUUUUAAAAGAUCUAGAGAUUUAAAUUUUUGUUUAAGUGUCAACCUUUCUCGUCGCAUCUACUGUCCCACAGUUUCGAUGCGCUGUAACGCCACCACCUUAGGUCAUAGGCCAUGGGUGGUUGAAUUGACCUUUAACAAGUCCACCUUUUGAUAACGGACUGACUUUCACCCGCUACUCCCUGUAGUAAAAAUGUAAUCUUUUUUGCGAAUUCUGACAUGGAUGCAUAAACGAGUAAACGAUCAAGAUAUUUAUUAGGAAGAAAGAACAUUGCCACUUGCUGCUUCUUUUUCCCAGGCUACUGACGAGCAAAUAUUUCAGGCUGCGCGUCGCCUGGUAGCGGCUGAGAUCCAGGCCAUGACAUUCCGCGAGUACUUGCCUUCACUGUUGGGGGGCACCACGCACAUCCCUCCUUAUCAGGGGUACAAUGACACUAUAAACGUUGGCAUGAGCAAUAUGAUGUCAACAGCUGCCUUCAGGUAACAAACGAAUUCUUAUUAUUCAUAUUUUAUUUGAAUAUACAAUUGAAAUAGGCCCUCUGUAAUUAUAGAGCGCACUUUGCUUGGGCUUCAUUUCCUGUAUGAUCUCACCCCGCCGACCUAGCCUGUUCCAGGCUCCGAGAUGGUGGUGGAAAGUCGUUCAGUAAUAAGAAAUACGAAAAACGCGCGAGGGCUGGGGAGAGACAGGGUUUUGACAGCCGAAUCCAGACGUGACAAAAAUGGGCGGAAGAGGGUCGUUAAAGAAAUGCUAACAGGCUCUCUCUCCCAUUUUUCCAGCUUCCACCGCCCCCUUUCUCAAGUCGUGCGCGUCUUAUUUUCGCUUUGCUCGUUUUAAUACGUUCCCACUAUACUAUCUAAGAGCCUGGCACAGGCUACGCCGACCUAGACCACUGACGGCAAAAGAAAAAAAAAAAUAGAAUUGCGCUAACCUGCGCACUGAGUAAACGAAGGCGUUAUGUCUGUAGGAACAGUGGUGCUUUAUCGGCCGGCAGGGAGGUGGAAAAUGAAAAUCGCCUUUUUAACCUCUGAAACAAAGUAAUAUCAAAAGUAAAAUUCUCAUUUCUUUUCCCUAUACAUUUUCUUUCAACACAAAUAGUGGGAGAAUUUGUUGAAAUAUCAAUUAGAUUCACCUUCUGUGAUGAUGUGCUCAAUUCUCAUGACCACUCAGUUUAUAAAGCAUUUAUGAUAUUGCGGAUCACUCUUAGGGCUGAAAGGGCUAAACUGAGAUUAUGGAAAACCCAACAGCUGACACAGGUUGGAUCACAGCGGUUUGAAUGUAUUGCUAUUUUCACCUGUAGAUUUGGCCACAGUCAGGUCAACACUCACUUGUGGAGGUAUGAAGAGGAUGGCACGAUAUCUCCCUAUGGACACGUUUCUCUGAGAGACGUCUUCUUUUCUCCUGAAAGAGUUAAGAGGGAGGGAGGACUGGACCCUCUGUUUAGAGGAGCAGUCAGGCAAGCAGCUCAAGAGGUCGAUUUGAAGGUUUGUAGUGUGACAAACAUGGAAUUACUGUGUUCACCAGGAACACAUCAGACCAGUUUUUCGAGUUAGUUAUUACCUUACAAUUACAAAAAUCUUGGUAAAAAGUAAAACCAGGCGUUCAGGUGCAAACUUCUCUCAUUUUUCUCACUAAUUAGGACAAUUAGACUCUUGUUUUCAAGAACAGAUUUUCCAACUACUUUUGUCACCAAUGGCACAAAAUCAUUGUCGUCGUCGUCGUUGUCGUCGUUAUCAUCAUCACCGCCUCUUCCACCACCAUUACCACCACCACCACCACCACCAUCAUCAUCAUCAUCAUCAUCAUCAUCAUCAUCAUCAUCUUUGUUUAUGCUAUAUAUCGAUAGAUUCAGUGUCAUUGUCAAGGAAACCGUUACCGUCACUAUUUAAGUUACUGUCAGUGGCAACGUGAUUAAGUCCUGAAAAAGUAUCAGAACCAGCACGCACACGAAACUUUUAAAAGACCUUGCUUAAAGGCGAAGAAAAAAAAUGCCGGCCCCGUUUUGAGUCACUAAUCGCAGUCCGCUGAAACUAUCACCACUGCCAACCGACUACCUUAUAUAUGUUUCAUUCUUUGAGUUCUUCCGAAGGAAUCUUGAGCCGUUUUACUUUUGCCAAUUAAUUGACUAGGACUAUAGCCCAUAUUAUCAAUCAUUAUCUCUUAUCAUAAGAUAAGUUAAUUCUGAAGUUUUGAUUAUUUUUCAGAUGGUUGACGACAUGAGAAAUGUCUUGUUUCCUUCUGGUCGUGGUCUUGGUUCAGAUUUGGCGUCGAAGAAUAUCCAGCGUGGAAGAGAUCAUGGUUUACCAGACUACAACACAGUGAGAAAAGCUCUAGGUUUAAAAGGUAGGAAUUAAACUGACUCUAGGCUACUGUUCUAGACAGUCUAUGUCAGUAAGUCAGUCGGUAAGUCUGUCGAGCGGACGGUCGGUAACAGGUUGGUCCACGAUUCAUUAACCUGGUGACUGAAAAUAAAAAACCAGUAGCCCAUCACUAGGGUCAUAGACUGCUGAAAUGACUGACUCCUUAUCUUCGAUUCUGUUUGUCUCCUUAAGGGUUAACCAGUUUUUCAGAGAUCACCAAAGACUCCGAGGUUGCAUCGAAGAUGAAAGACCUUUACCAGGACAUAAACAAUGUUGACCUGUGGGUAGGAGGAUUGGCUGAAGACCACGAAGAUGGCAGUGAACUGGGGCCAACGUUUAGAACGUUAGUGCAAAACAAUUCUUUUUAUGUCUUCCCUUUAUGGUUUCUGAUUUUUUUCGUGGAUAUGGUCUUCACAAUUGAGUCUAGGGGGCUAAACACGUGUUGAUUUAUUGCGAUUUCGGUUGAAAUUGAGUUUUAAAAUCGGCGUAAAUAGCAUACAUUCACUGUAAUCCUGUCCAUUCCCCCCCUCCCCCUCCCACAGCUAAUAUGACGUCGGAAGCCUGAGAUAGCUAUCGGAUAACCUUAAAAUAUUGUAUUUCUCUUGCUAAUGGGAUGAGUCUAUGGCUGUCAACGCUGAAGGGGAGUAAUGUCUCUUCCAGAAUCAUGAUGCUUAAUUUUCUGCGAAUUAGAGACGGCGACAGGUUCUGGUAUGAACGCUAUCUGUCAAAAGAGGUAAGUGGAAUAAUUAUGUUUUGCCAUUACCGCUAUAGACGAGAUUGAAAUAUGGCCAUAGUAUGAAGAGAAGUCACCCGUAAUCCUUAAACAGUAACCACAUAGCCUCGUGCCAAAAUUCAGAGAAUCAAGAGCAAGCCUGGGAAGGAGUUUUUUAAGCGCAUAAGGCACGUAGGGAAGAACGAAAAGCAGACGAGAAGCGUUAACCUUUACCGUGGAUGUCCUUGGGUUAACUCAUAACCUUUCCUUGUCCGAUUAAGGCGUCGUUACAUUGGACGAAUCGCAACCGCGCUUUUCAGCACGCAAGGGCAUUGCAACAUAGUUUUGAAUUUUCAAAACUUUGCUGCCCUAAAGAUCGUCGUUGCAGAUAUCUUUUCGUCUAAUAUCACCUUUACGCAAAUAGGCACUCGGGUACAAGGCAGGUAACAAUAUAAAUUACUUCGACCAAUCAAAACAGAGUAAAAAAUACAAAAACCAAUUACGCGUAGCUGAGCGAAGGAAACUCCCCAAGCCUCAAGUCGGAAGCUAACUAGCCAAAAUGAACAACGAAUGUCUGAAAACCUAUACUCGAAAAAAAUUAUUUCGUUGUAGACAGCAAACUCGCUUGUUAAUUGGUCAAAGUUAAAAAUUCGCCAGUCAGUGCAACUGCAAUCACUUUAUUCUCACUAGGCAAGAUCGCAAGAUUUUUAGAGAAGUUUCAAACUUUACAGGGUCUAACAACCGCCUAAGUGAAGAAACAAGCGUUUUAAAAACUCUUUUAUUAACCGUUUGGUUUUUAAUACCAAUUAGCUUUGUAAUAACGAUAUCUAUUGUGUGAAAGGUUUGAACCCAGGAGUCAUUUCAAAAAGUAGGUUGAGUUUGAUCGUCCGGGUGAACGCAGUCCUGAAUAGGACUGUUGUUGUUGACAGUGACUGACGUUUCAACAACCUGUGCGGUAGUCAUUUUCAGAAUCAAAGUGAGUUAUAUACCAGAGUAUAAUACCAUCAACUGACGUGAUGCAAGUCACUUUGAUUCUGAAGAUGACUACCGCAGAGGUUGUGGAAACGUCAGUCACUGUCAACAACAACAGUCCUAUUCAGGACUACGUUCACCCGGACGAUCAAACUCAACCUACUUUUGAUAUCUAUUGUGGAAUCGAAGUGAAACCCCACUCGACUUUAAAUUCUUACUUCAGUUUUGCUUUAACUAGAUGUAAAUUUCUUAAUAUAAUCUACUUACAAAAGAGAUUUUUUCAUCUAUUGAAGAAGAAUGAAGACUCCUUUAUUUGUUAUUAUUAGAGAAGCGUGACGUCACGUUACCAUGGUAGCAAAAUUUCUGGAUCUCAACAAUCCUUCUUGACAGAGACGGCCAUUGGCAUUGCCGAACGAUGGAAAAAAAGUAUGGGCUACCGUUUUGUUCCUGAGUGCAAUCAUGCACAGGAGACUAAUUCCUUUUCAACUUUUCGUUUUCUUUCUGCCAUAUUUACAGGACGAUGUUUUUUUUGAGAUCCAGAAAUUUUGCUACCACGGCAACGUGACCUAACGAUUUAUCCUCUCUGCAACCCUCGACACUUCCAGAACAUUCAUACUCAACGUUCGUUUGACAUUAACAGGAAAUCGACAAGGUGAAUUCAAUGACGUUAGGCAAGUUAAUCCACAUGAACACUGGAUUCAAAAGCGCACCAGCUAAUGUGUUCUUCUCCACGCAGUACUGCGCAGGCGUGAAAGAUUUCCAGUGUGUGCCAAAAACUGAAAUCCCUUCGGUGACGGAGGCCACAAGUAACGCUACAAGGAAUGCAUUGAUAGCGAUAAGUGUUGUCAUGUCUGUGUUGGUGGUUUCGCUUGUAGCCGUCCUGGUAUGGUUGUGGUUCCGUUCUCGGCAAAAGAGAAAGAUCAUCCCGGUUAAGCCGGCGCCAGGCAACUGA